GCAGACGCCGUGUGAUCAUCGCCUUAGGGUAAACCAGUGUAGGAGUUCGACAGGGAAUCCGAGCAAGUCCCUCCAGUUCGCCGCCCAUCCCACGAAGCGAUGUCAAGGACCAUCGCAAUUGCUGAAGAGAAGAGACGACCUCCCACCAUUCAGCUACCCAGAAUUCCUACCGCCAUAUGCUACAAGCGACCUCUCGAAGUACGCAAUCACGAGACGAAUAGAAUAAUCUUCGGCGAUUCAGACAAUUAUCAAAUCCUUGAACUAAUUGGACGAGGGAGAUACUCCCUUGUGUACAACGCUUUCGAUUCAUCGAGGAGGGACUCGUGUGUCGUCAAGAAGCUUCUCGAUGAAGACACAAAUAGAAUCAAGCGAGAGCUCAGAUAUCUGUCCAUCCUCAAAAGAGGUCCGAACAUCAUCCGCGCCCGGGAUGUCAUCCGACUCGAUGUGGUCGGGGAAAAAUUCAAAUAUGGCGUUGUCUUCGAAAAAAUCCGAAACGUAGAUUUCCGGAUCCUCUAUAGACAAUUCGACGCUCUAGAAAUUCGCUACUACCUCUAUCAGCUGCUGAACGCUCUGAGUUAUGCCCAUCAUCAAGGGAUCAUGCAUCGCGAUGUGAAACCAGAGAACAUUGUCAUCGACCCCGACGCCAGAAACCUGCGUCUAAUCGAUUGGGGUUUCGGAGCGCUUUACCUUCCCGGACAGGCCUAUUUCUGCGGUGCGUGCACGUUGGCCUAUCGAGCGCCGGAAUUACUGCUAGGCUAUCGCCAUUAUGAUUACUCGAUGGAUAUGUGGUCUUUCGCCUGCGUGGCCGCGGGAAUGAUGUUUCGCAGGGACAGAUUCUUCGAGGGCGUAGACGAACGAACGCAAAUGCAGAUUAUAGGUCGAUUCCUCGGGAGGCAGAUGCUCGAUGAUUACCUUCAAAAGUACCACAUCCGCUCGGAAGCGGCACAACUAGUUGGACAAGAGGACUCGAUGCUCGAUUCGCAGUGA